AUGUCAGAACUAUACAUUACACCUCAACCAUUGUAUUUCGAUAAGAAAUCAGGUUUCACAUAUGACGACUUUCAAAAGGCUAUAGAAGUAUCAACUACCAUCUAUGUUGGAUAUCUAUCGUUUUACACAACCGAAGAACAACUCUAUGAAUUGUUUUCAAAGUGUGGAGAGAUUAAAAGAAUCAUCAUGGGUUUAGAUAGACUUCAAAAGACUCCUUGUGGAUUUUGUUUUGUAGAAUAUUACGCAAAAGAAGAUGCAGCAGAUUGUAUAAAAUAUAUUAAUGGUACCAAACUCGACGAAAGAUUGAUCAGAUGUGAUUGGGAUUACGGUUUCAAAGAGGGACGUCAAUACGGUCGUGGAGCUAGUGGUGGUCAAGUACGUGAUGAAUAUAGAACAGACUAUGAUCCAGGACGUGGAGGUUAUGGUAAACAACAGAAAAUGGUUGAAAUUGAACAACACUCAGAGAUGGAUGUUAGUCAGCCACAAUAUAUCGGUAAAAGAAGUCGUGAUGAUGAAGAUGGAAAUGAUUUGAAAAAACAAAGAGAUAAUGGUGGAGGUAGAAGUAGCAGAUUUAGAGAAAGGGAUGAAGAUGAAGACGAUUAA